CGUUUAGAUCAUCUUAACCUUGCUGCCUGUUGUCUUCUCCAACCGAGGCAUUACAUUAGGCAUACUCAUCAACAGAGCCACCCGUCACCAUGUCUUCCUCCUCCGUGCAAACCUCUCCCUCGCAUGAAGCCCAUGCAGAAACUGACGAAGAACUCUACAAGCAGGUCACCGAAUUGGUGUCCACCUGGCCGAGCUCAGAACCCAUGCCCUUCCUCCCACUCUAUCGCCACAACAAAGGCUGGUGCUGUAGCCUCAUGCCUAUGGUCGGUGCAGUGGUCGCCGACGCGCGGUUCGCCGCGCGCCCCUCCGACAUCAUCAUCGCCACCUUGCCCAAGUCCGGCACGACGUGGAUCAAGGCGCUCCUCUACGCCACGGUGAACCGGAGAGAGCACCCCGCCGACGCCGCCGACCACCCUUUCAACUCCAUCGGCCCCCACGACUGCGUCAAGUUCCUGGAGUACCAGCUCUACACGAACAACAGCGUCCCGGACCUGGACAGGCUGCCGGACCCGAGGCUGUUCGCGACGCACGUCCCGUUCACGUCGCUGCCGAGCGCCGCGGCGGCGUCGGGCUGCAAGGUCGUGUACGUGUGCCGCGACCCCAAGGACAACCUGGUCUCGCUGUGGCACUUCGCCAACAAGUUCAGGGCCCGGGAGGGGCAGGAGCCCAUGUCGGCGGAGACCAUCGCCGAGGUGUUCUGCCGCGGCGUGUCGCCGUUCGGGCCGUACUGGGACCACGUCCUCGGCUACUGGGACGCGCACGUGGCCCGCCCCGAGCAGGUGCUCUUCUUCAGGUACGAGGAGAUGAAGCUUGACGCGGCGGUGCACGUCCGGAGGCUGGCGGAGUUCGUUGGCCUGCAGUUCAGCGCGGAGGAGGAAGAAGGAGGCGUGGUGGAGGCCAUCGUCAGGCUGUGCUCGUUCGAUCACAUGAUCGGCCUGGAGGCGACCAAGGGCGGCAAGACGGAGCUGGUGGUCGGCACGGUGGCGAAUAGCUCGUUCUUCCGUCGUGGGCAAGUCGGGGACUGGGAGAACCAUCUCUCGCCGGAGACGGCACGGCGAAUCGAUGCCAUAACCGAGGCCAGGUUCAAGGGUUCCGGUCUCUGCAGUGUCACUGGGCCAAGGCACAUGGAUGCCUCCCUUUGAUGGGACGUGUAUUCGCCUGUUCGGUGUGUGGCUCAGCAUGUAGGUUCGUAUUCGCCACUUGCAGUCUGAAAAUCAUCUUUUAUUAAUUAAUAAAAGAGAUUUACUUC